GUGCUCCCACCCCCACCACUUCUCUCUGUCCCUUCUCAUUACCACCUGUUGCUCUUUUUCUCCUCUCCCUGUGCCCUGCCUUCUUGCUGAUGUCUACCUCUUUCCUGCUUCGUACUGUCCCAUACAUCCCCUUGUUCCAUGUUGUUCCCCUGCCUCCUGCCUGCUCUCAGGUCUCAGCGGCGGUGGCAGCCGAGGUGCAGGAUGCGAGAAGGCGCCCCCCGGCCGGGCUCCCGCUCCAGGCCUCGCUCCCCUGCGGCCCUCUGAGCCCACCAUGGCCGUCCCACCAGGCCAUGGUCCCUUCUCUGGCUUCCCAGGGCCCCAGGAGCACACGCAGGUAUUGCCUGAUGUGCGGCUGUUGCCACGGAGGCUGCCCUUGGCCUUUCGGGAUGCGACCUCAGCCCCGCUGCGCAAGCUCUCCGUGGACCUCAUUAAGACCUACAAGCACAUCAAUGAGGUAUACUAUGCGAAGAAGAAGCGGCGGGCCCAGCAGGCGCCACCUCAGGACUCGAGCACCAAGAAGGAGAAAAAGGUCCUGAACCAUGGUUAUGACGAUGACAACCACGACUACAUUGUGCGCAGUGGCGAGCGCUGGCUGGAGCGCUACGAGAUUGACUCACUCAUUGGCAAAGGCUCCUUCGGCCAGGUGGUGAAAGCCUAUGAUCAUCAGACCCAGGAGCUGGUGGCCAUCAAGAUCAUCAAGAACAAAAAGGCCUUCCUGAACCAGGCCCAGAUUGAGCUGCGGCUGCUAGAGCUGAUGAACCAGCACGACACAGAGAUGAAGUACUACAUAGUGCACCUGAAGCGGCACUUCAUGUUUCGGAACCACCUGUGCCUGGUGUUCGAGCUGCUUUCCUACAACCUGUACGACCUCCUGCGCAACACGCACUUCCGCGGAGUCUCGUUGAACCUGACGCGGAAGCUGGCGCAGCAGCUCUGCACAGCGCUGCUCUUCCUGGCCACGCCUGAGCUCAGCAUCAUUCACUGCGACCUCAAGCCCGAGAACAUCCUGCUCUGCAAUCCCAAGCGUAGCGCCAUUAAGAUCGUGGACUUCGGCAGCUCCUGCCAGCUUGGCCAGCGGAUCUACCAGUACAUCCAGAGCCGCUUCUAUCGGUCGCCUGAGGUGCUUCUGGGCACACCCUACGACCUGGCCAUUGAUAUGUGGUCCCUGGGCUGCAUCCUGGUGGAGAUGCACACUGGAGAGCCCCUCUUCAGUGGCUCCAAUGAGGUGGACCAGAUGAACCGGAUUGUGGAGGUGCUGGGCAUCCCACCAGCCCCCAUGCUGGACCAGGCACCCAAGGCUCGCAAGUACUUUGAACGGCUGCCUGGGGGUGGCUGGACCCUACGAAGGACAAAGGAACUCAGGAAGGAUUACCAGGGCCCCGGGACACGGCGGCUGCAGGAGGUGCUGGGCGUGCAGACGGGCGGGCCCGGGGGCCGGCGGGCGGGGGAGCCGGGCCACAGCCCCGCCGACUACCUCCGCUUCCAGGACCUGGUGCUGCGCAUGCUGGAGUAUGAGCCCGCCGCCCGCAUCAGCCCACUGGGGGCUCUGCAGCACGGCUUCUUCCGCCGCACGGCUGAUGAGGCCACCAACACGGGCCCGGCAGGCAGCAGUGCCUCCACCUCGCCCGCACCCCUUGAUACCUGCCCCUCCUCCAGCACCGCCAGCUCCAUCUCCAGCUCUGGAGGCUCCAGUGGCUCCUCCAGUGACAACCGGACCUACCGAUACAGCAACCGAUAUUGUGGGGGCCCCGGGCCCCCCAUCACUGACUGUGAGAUGAACAGCCCCCAGGUCCCACCUUCCCAGCCGCUGCGCCCCUGGGCAGGGGGUGAUGUGCCCCACAAGACACAUCAGGCCCCUGCCUCCGCCUCGUCACUGCCAGGGGCCGGGGCCCAGUUACCCCCUCAACCCCGAUGCCUUGGCCGUCCCCCAUCACCAACCUCACCACCACCCCCGGAGCUGAUGGAUGUGAGCCUGGUGGGCGGCCCUCCGGACUGCUCCCCACCUCACCCAGCGCCUGCCCCCCAGCACCCGGCUGCCUCAGCCCUCCGGACUCGGAUGACAGGAGGUCGUCCACCCCUCCCACCCCCUGAUGACCCUGCCACUCUGGGGCCUCGCUUGGGCCUCCGUGGUGUACCCCAGAGCACGGCAGCCAGCUCAUGACCCAGCCCCCUCCCUGGGGCCCCUCCUGAAGCCAUACCCCCCAUCUGGGGGCCCUGGGCUCCCAUCCUCAUCUCUCCCCUUGACUGGAAUUGCUGCUACCCAGCUGGGGUGGGUGAGGCCUGCACUGAUUGGGGCCUGGGGCAGGGGGUCAAGGAGAGGGGUUUAGGCGCACCCUCCUCACUAAGGACUGGACCCUUGGCCCCCUCAACCCCCCCCCCCCUUGUUUUCUAUUUAUUGUACCAAAGACAGUGGUGGUCCAGUGUCGGGGGGAGACCCCCUUCACCCUAGGGCCCUAGGAGGGGGUGGGGGCAGGUAGGGGGAGAUGGCCUUGCUCCUCCUUGCUGUACCCCCCAGUAAAGAGCUUUCUCACA